AUUAUCAUGCUGGUAUUAUACCUACUCUACAAUAUUUAUUACAAUUUACAGUAUUCUUACUGAUUUCUAUGAAUUCUAGAAGUCUGAAGUAUUCUCUAUUAAAAUUUAAAAGUUGAACUUGAGGCUAUUAAGUAUCAAUAUUAAUUAUUAUUAGCAUGCACUUUGCAGUUACCCUUCGACUUGAUCUUUGGUUGUGAGUAAUUUGAAUAGAAAAAAAAAAGAUUCAUACCUACAAUUUACUAUUAUCAUGUACGAAGUUCAUAUUCUUUUUGUAGGCUAUUGUCGGCCAACAGAAGGUGGUAUGUUAGCCAAUUGUACGUGCACAUUGGUUAAAGGUCCUAAAAACAUUAUUGUUGAUACUAUGACUCCGUGGGAUGGUAAGAAUUUAAUAAAUGCUAUUAAAAAACAUGGAAUUGAAUGUGAUGACAUUGAUUAUGUAGUUAGUACUCAUGGCCAUUCUGAUCAUAUGGGUAACAAUAACUUAUUUUUAAAUGCUAAACAUCUAGUAGGCCGAUGUAUUAGUUACAAACAGAUGUACUAUGAUGACAGUAAAUUUUUCAACAGUGACGGUGUGUAUGAAAUUGAUGAGAAUAUUCGAGUUAUCUCAACCCCUGGACAUACACUGACUGAUGUAUCUGUUGUCGUUCAAACCGCCAAAGAGACAAUUGCAAUUGUAGGUGACUUGUUUGAAAAUGAAGAUGAUAUAAUGGAUGAAUCUAUUUGGUUAAAUGCUGGUAGUGAAAAUCCGGAUUCACAGAAAAAAUAUAGAAAAGCUAUUAUGGAACAAGUGGAUUGGAUUAUACCAGGUCAUGGUGCCAUGUUUUCUACCAGGAAAUACAAGUGAACAAUAAUUAUUAAAUGUUUGAAACUAUUUAAAUAAUUUUAACUGUUACUGACUCUGGAUUGGUAAUUUGCUUCAACACCUGAUCAUACCUGAUGACGCCUAUAUACUUGGUUUAAAUGAAUCUCCUACAUACUACAUCUCACCAAAAUUAUUUGCCACUUUCAAUAUAACUUUUUGACUGUCCGUCCUUAGACUCCAAACAUCUAAUUGUACCCUCGAUAUCCCUCUCAACCUUUUCUCCAUCCUCAACUCUAAUUCUGAAAUUGUUAUCAUAAAAAUAAUCAGUUUUAUAUUGGAAGCUGGUUUUGUCAUUUAAUUAUAUUAUUAUUUUUUAUCAUAUUAUGUAUAUUAUCAAUAAUGGUGUAUAAUCGUGUAAAACUGUGUAUAAUAAUUUAAUUGUUGGGCUGUAAUAGAAUUGUACUAAAAACUAAUAAAACGUAUCAUAGCUGUUGCAUUUA